AUGCCAACUUCUACUGUAACAGCAACUUCCAGAGCCGAUAAGAACAACAGUCUAAACCUCCCCCAACAAUUCUUGGGACCAAUCAAAACGUACGUUCUCACCGGAGGAGUGGCUAAUAUCACAAUGUCUGAUAUUUCAAAUGUAUUCGAAGAAACGAAUUCACUUCCACGUCAUGGAUUUAUUUCUUCCAAUCAAUACGGAAGUUACAGUACCUCUCAAGGCUCUCGAUCGGAGAUCACGUCUCCGAAUUUACAAAGAAUUAAAUAUAGCUACAGUAUCCAAAACGUGGAUUUUAGUGGAAAUGCAACAUUGAAAGUUAUUGGGUAUCUGAAUAGAUCCCUAGCGUUUUCUAAAUCGUAUAAUCAUUCCUCCUCACUGGCGCAGGAGCAAUUCUAUGGCGACACACUCUACGUGGAUUUCAGAACAGAGUCUUUACCGAAUACCGGAUUUUAUUUGAGUUUCGAAAUGGAGAACGCGAAUGGCUCAUCGAAAUUUUGUGUCUUUUCAGUGUUGCUCAUGGUAUUCGUCGGUUGCUUUUUCUGA